AUGAUAGAUUCUCAAUCAAUUAUAUUAGGAGUUUUAAUAUGGUUAGUUUAUUUGGUGAUCAGUCACCUAAAUGAUUGGUACUUUACAAAAAAUAAAUAUUUACCAAGUGGUCCAUCAUUUUUAGAGUGGUUCGCAAACUAUUUGUUGAACUACUAUGAAUUUAGAAAAGGUGGUUCUGUCAUCGGUAGCGAUCAAAACGACGAUGUCGAUAAAAGUUUAUUUGACACUGGAAGUGAGAACACUGUUUUAAGAUGGUUCAAACAAUAUGCAAGUGAUAGCUACUGUGUUUCUUUCUUUGGUUUACCGAUGUUGUUCACCAGAGACGCCGACAUUGCCAGAGAGGUAUUACUCACCGAUUCCGACAACUAUGAGAAACCACCCGAUAGCUCCGGUGUCUUGAUUCGUCUGGCAAGAGAUGGAAUACUGAUGGCGGAAGGUGCGCGUUGGCAACGCCAUAGGGAUAUCUUGUCGGUGCCGUUCUCUCCAGUCAAUGUGAGAAAGAUGGAAUCUACCAUACUCGCUGCUACCAAAGAAUUAAUUGGCAAUAUCGAACGACACUCUGAAAUAGAAGUACAUUCAACCAUGACAUCAUUGACCUAUGAUAUCAUAGGUAUGCUUUCAAUUGGUCAUAAAUUCAGUAGAGAAGGAUCGACCUCAAACUUUGAUUAUAUCCUCAACGAAAUGAUACGACCAAUUCGUAGACUCUCCAAAUACAUACCAUUGCCAUCCGAUCGUAAAUUAAACAAAUUCAUUAGUGAAUUGGAAGAUUUGAUUUUAGAUGAAAUUCGAUCAAGACAACAACAGCAACAAAAGAAUAGUAAUGAUAAUAAUAAUAAUAAAGAUUUAUUGGAUCAUCUAUUAAAUAACAAAGAAGAACAACUGACCCAAGAUGAGUUAAUUGGUAAUAUAAUGACAUUCUUAUUGGCUGGACAUGAGACAUCUGCCAAUGCAUUAACAUUUACGUUGGCACUGCUAUCGAAACACCCAGAGAUACAAGAGCAGCUGUACGAACAACUGUGUGGCGAUAAAAACAUUCAAAACAUACCUCUUUUAGAAUGGAUCAUUUUGGAGACUCUUCGAUUAUUUCCACCAGCACCAAUGAUUGGUAGAACAUCAAAAACCGAAUGUACAAUCAAAAGAAAUGAUUCCAGUAAAGAUGCUUGGAAGUUACCACCAAAAAGUAUGAUACUUGUAUCUGUAUAUGCUAUGCAUAGAAAUGAAUCGGUUUGGAAACAAGCAAAUCAAUUCAUACCUAAUAGAUGGGAUGGCAUAAAUUUGUUUAGGUCAAAGAUUUAUAGUGAUGUUGUCAUUGCUCAAACCAGUCAAACUUUUAAAAUUAUUUUCAAAACCAAAUUUCAAACAAAUGUUUUAUUUAAACUUUAUGAAUUCAAAUUUCAACAAUCAUUAUUUUAA